AUGGAGCAGAGAAGCAGAGACGAGAGAUGGAAGAGGAGGAGGGGUCGUUGCAGUUGCCACUGGGGCCUCGGGGAGAACCCUGCGGUGGCCGGUGUUGCUGUGCAGGACGAUGCGACCACUCAGCCAGCCGACACCAGCCCGGAUGAGAUGGGAUGGGGAUGGGGAUGGGGGAAGAGGGAGGUGGGAAGAGGGAUGGAGGGGGGCUUGAGCUCCAGGUCGAGAGGGAAGACGAAACGCAACACGACGCCGAUGGAUGAGCCUCUUGCCUCAGACUCCAACGCAGGUGUUUUUCGGCGGCGGAGCGAUGCCAACGUCUGGUUGAAAAGUCGGCUUGAAACAGGGAGGGGCAAGUUGCGGGUGCGCGGGUUGAUGGAUGAGCGACGCAACGCGAUGCUUUCCAAGCGGGUCGAGGAGGAGGAGCAAGAAGAAGGAAAAGAAGAAAGGACAAGGUCUCAGGUGCCCCGAGUGGAUACGGCCAGGGAAGCUGGGAAGCUUGUCAAUCUGCCUGUGCAAAUGCUCCGGAAAAGGCGCGCCACCAGCACGUUGGACAUGGAAAACCUCGAGCAGCUCGCACAGGCAGCUAUGGGCAAGCAGGCAGGCUGGCAAUGGAGGGGUCUCUCUCAGGGCCUGAAGGAGGGGAACAUGACGGGCAAGAGGCUCGCAGCGAAGCUUUCUAGAAGAGCGCACGGACCACACGUCCCGCGCCUCCACUGCAUUUGUCAACCAGCAGGAGCUUCUCCCGGCCGAGCUUCCUGCUCCCUGGGCUCGCGGCGUCCUGGAGCUCCAGAACGGGUCUGGAAGCGGACAUGGACAGCUCCUGCCUUCCGUGCAUGCGUGCAGGUGUCAUGCUGCCUUGCGUCCGACGCUCCCACCGACUCUUCACGCCGCUUUGCGUCGCACAACCGACUGACACAAAGCCACACAAGUGAUGCAGAGAGCUGCGCAUUGUCGUCGGUAGCGUCGGCAAUUGCCUAA